AAUGUCUGCAUCAAACACUCAUGACACGUCCACUUUGUUGUUGAAGAUAUCAUCUCUACAGGCCGAACUUUCACAUCUCCAACACCGGCCGACUACAAAAAGUGGCGAACUAUCAAGCAGUGGCUUUGCGAGAGUUCCGAUGGCAAGGAGAUGCAUCCAUUACUAAAGGAUAGCAACUAUGAUGUUUAUCGGAGAGUCUCUAGCAUCGACAAACGACGUAAAUUUGAAGAAAUAGGUCCGGACUUGAGUGCGUUUGACGAGGAGGAGAAGCAGAUGUGCAAGACGCGUCCUGAUGCUUUGGUUAAACAGCAGGAAGUACCAUCAAUUCUCCACACCUCGCGUAGAGAAACGACUGUUUCAACGAAAGUUGAGGUGCAACUCGCCACUCCAUUCGAACCCCCGUUCCCGAUACACGAAUAUUCUAUUGGUAAAGACGUCCGCAACGAGGACCCACCAGCCGGCACAUCUGUGUUACAGAGUACCACCUCGCGUUGGGAUCCGCCCAAGAGACGCGGGCGAUAUGCCCAAGCUACUGAUGCGAUCACUAUCAAUUCACGCUUCACUAUAUGCAAAGAACGCAAUCACGGCGUAGACUUCCAGUAUGAUGAAGUGGUCAAGAGCCGCGAGGGGCGAAAAAAGAUGCUUGCUGACGAUUGCGAAUGUUGUCGUGAUUACUACGAAGGCGUUGGACCGCUGCCCAAGCCUCUCCAGCAACCGCUUUGGCGUUCACCCUCUUCAACACCUACUAAAAAACGCCGGUUAUCCUUUGAUAGCCUCUUCGACUGUAAAGAAAACCGCGACGACAUCGAGCACCACAAGAAAAGGAUAUCACGACAUCGGCACCAUUGGUAUCGUGCCAAGACACCACCCGGUUACUGGGACAUUGGUUUCCCUGAUACACAAGAGACAACUGACAUCAACCGACGUGCCGCAGAGAUGUAUGCACAGAAAUUGGUAGAGGUUGAGAGCGAAGCACGGUAUGCUAACAUUCAUAUUUCUCCUCUAGACUUCUCGGAACUGAUGACAUCGCGUAGGAGUGGAAAGGGAAGAUAUGUCGAACGGAUAGCAUGAGUAUACAACACCUCUGGCAGGGCCAUCAGGUAAUAUUAUAGAUAUUUGUUCUCGGGACGAUAUGAAAAACUCGACCCAACAUCACAUACUACACAAGGCGAAAUGGAUCACAAUCUUGCCCAUACUGACUGUGUUCAUGUUAGGAUUUAAUUCUGUCGACGACAUCAGGGAGGCGCACCAGUUAAGCACCUCGAUCACGAGAAAGUAUGAC